AAUUGGAAAUGUUGGAUUCUCCGGAAUCAAAGGGCCUUGUCCCUUUCACGGAAGAAUCUCUUAAACUUAUAAAACAGCAUAUUGCUAAAAAACAAAACGAGAAACAUGAAGAAGAUGAUUUAAAGCCGGACCCUACUUUGGAAGUUGGCAAAAAGCUUCCAUUCAUUUAUGGAGACCUUUCUCGAGGAAUGGUGUCAGAGCCCUUGGAAGAUGUGGAUUCAUAUUACUAUGUGAAAAAAAAUACUUUCAUGGUGUUAAAUAAAAAGAGAACAAUCUUUAGGUUCAAUGCUGCUUCCAUCUUGUGCACAUUGUCUCCUUUCAGUCCCAUCAGAGGAACAACUAUCAAGGUUUUGGUGCAUCCCUUUUUCCGACUGUUAAUUUUAAUUAGCGUCCUCAUUGAUUGCAUAUUUAUGACUAUGACUAAUUGGUCAAUAUGGAUAACAGCAAUUGAGAAUACUUUACUUGGAAUUUACACAUUUGAAAUACUUGUCAAAAUCAUUGCAAGAGGCUUCUGGGCAGGAUCUUUUUCUUUCCUUGGGGAUCCAUGGAACUGGCUUGAUUUCGGUGUAACCUUAUUUGAGAUUAUAACAAGAUAUUCACCUCUAAACUUCGUUCUAAAUCUUAAAACUGUAAGAACUUUGAGAAUUUUGAAAAUUAUUCCUUUAAACCAAGGACUGAAGUCCCUUGUAGAGACCCUGAUCCAGUGCUUGAAGAAACUUUUUGGUGCCAUUAUCUUAACUCUGUUUUUUCUGAGCAUAUUUUCUCUAAUUGGAAUGGGACUCUUCAUGGGCAACUUAAAGCAUAAAUGCUUGCGAUGGCCCCAAGAAAAUGAAAAUGAGACCCUGCACAACCGAACUGGAAACCCAUAUUACAUUCGAGAAACAGAGAACUUUUACUACUUGGAAGGGGAACGAUAUGCUCUCCUUUGUGGCAACACAACAGAUGCUGGUCAGUGUCCUGAAGGAUAUGUGUGUGUAAAAGCUGGCAUAAAUCCUGACCUUGGCUACACAAAUUUUGACAACUUUGGGUGGGCUUUACUUGCCCUAUUUCGAUUAAUGACUCAGGAUUAUCCUGAAGCACUUUAUCACCAGAUUCUUUAUGCUUCUGGGAAGAUCUACAUGAUAUUUUUUGCUGUGGUCAGCUUUUGGUUUGCCUUUUAUUUGGCAAGUUUGUUCUUGGGCAUACUUGCCAUGGCCUAUGAAGAAGGAAAGCAUGCAACUGAUGAAAAAUCUAAGGAGGAACCAACAUUUCAACAGCCUAUAAGCAAACUUCAGGAAGGAAGCGAAGAAGCUGAGAGUAAAACCACACAAAUAGAAAUGAAGAAAAGAUCACCAGCUUCCAUGAACACAUCUUUGGAUGUAUUGGAAGAAGAUACCCUCAGACAUAAAGAAGAACUUAAAAAAUCCAGGAAGAAGUGCCCAUUGUGUUGGUAUAGGUUUUCCAAAAUUUUCUUGAUCUGGAAUUGUUCUCCCUGUUGGUUAAAAUUGAAAGAAUUUGUCCAUAGGCUCAUAACAGACCCAUUUACUGAUCUUUUUCUUCUCAUAUGCAUAAUAUUAAACAUAUAUUUUUUGGCCUGGGAACACUAUCCAAUGAGUGAUGACCACAGCUAUCUGCUAAGCACUGGCAACUUGGUUUUCCUUGGAAUUUUUACAGCAGAAAUGAUUUUUAAAAUAAUUGCCAUGAAUCCAUAUUGGUAUUUCCAAGUAGGCUGGAACAUUUUUGAUAGUUUAAUUGUGUUACAAGGUUUAGCAGAACUUUAUCUAGCAAAUAUUGAAGGAUUGGCCCUUUGUCAAUCAUUCAGGAUGUUGCGUAUUUUCAAGUUGGGGAAAUAUUGGCCAACAUUUGAAAUAUUGAUGCUGACUCUUGGAAACUCACUGUCGGCCCUGAAAGACUUGAUUCUGCUGUUGUUCACGUUCAUCUUCUUUUCUGCUGUGUUCGGCAUGAAGUUGUUUGGUUGGAGUUACAAAGCAUGUGUCUGCCGCAUAGAUGAAAACUGUCAACUCCCACGCUGGCACAUGCAUGACUUCUUUCAUUCCUGCCUUAAUGUGUUCCGAAUUCUCUGUGGAGAGUGGAUAGAAACCUUGUGGGACUGCAUGGAGGUAGCAGGCCAACCCUGGUGCAUCUCUUUUUACAUGAUGGUCAUUUUAAUUGGAAACUUACUGGUACUUUACCUCUUUCUGGCACUGGUGAGUUCAUUUAGUUCAUACAAAGACUCAACAAGUGAAGAGAGCAAUGAAGUAAAAAAUAUCCAGCUUGCAAUGGCAAGGAUUAAGAAAGGAUUAAACUAUGUGCUUCAUAAAAUAUUAUGCAAAAAGCAAAAUGUUCCACAGGAAACAACGGACCAUGUAAAUGAUACAUAUGUUAAAGAGAACAUUUCUGACCAUACGCUUUCUGAAUUCAGCAACACCCAAGUUUUCCUCAAAGAUAAGGAAAAAAGCAGUGGCACAGAGAAAAACACAAUGACUGACAAUGAAAGCCAAUCACUUAUCCCCAGCCCCAGUGUCUCAGAAACUGUACCAAUUGCUUCAGGAGAAUCUGACGUAGAAAAUCUGGAUAACAAGGAGAUUCAGAGCAAGUCAGGCAAUGGAGACAGCAGAGACAAAAUAAAGCAAUCUAGCUCAUCUGAAUGCAGUACCGUUGAUAUUGCUAUCUCUGAAGAAGAGGAAAUGGUAUAUGAAUGUGAAAAGUCAAAGUAUCUUAAAAAUGGUUUUGACCAAAGAUCUUCACCUGGUCAAAUCAGUAGAGUAUCCAAGAAAGCAAAAAUUUGGCAGAACAUAAGGAAAACCUGCUGCAAGAUAGUAGAAAACAGUUGGUUUAGGUGUUUCAUUGGCCUCGUGACUCUGCUAAGCACAGGUGCCCUGGCUUUUGAAGAUAUAUAUAUAGAUCAACGAAAGACUAUUAAAAUCUUAUUGGAGUAUGCUGACAUGAUCUUCACUUACAUCUUCAUUCUUGAAAUGCUUCUAAAGUGGAUGGCAUAUGGUUUCAAAGCCUAUUUUUCCAAUGGCUGGUACAAGCUGGACUUCAUGGUUGUCAUUGUGUUUUGUCUUAGCUUAUUAGGCAAAACUCGGGAAGAUUUAAAACCACUUACUUCCAUUAAGUUCCUUCGGGCACUCAGAGUUCUAUCUCAAUUUGAAAGAAUGAAGGUGGUUGUGAGAGGUUUGAUAAAAACAAUUUUACCCACUCUGAACGUGUUUCUGGUCUGCCUUAUGAUCUGGCUGAUAUUUAGUAUCAUGGGAGUACACUUAUUUUCUGGCACAUUCUAUGAAUGCAUUGACCCAAUAAGUGAGGAAAGGUUUCCUGUAUCUGAAGUCAAGAAUCGGAGUCAGUGUGAAAACCUUGUGUUGAAUGAAUCCAUGCCAUGGGAGAAUGCAAAAUUGAAUUUUGAUAAUGUUGGAAAUGGUUUCCUCUCUUUGCUUCAAGUAGCAACAUUUAAUGGAUGGAUCACUAUUAUGAAUUCAGCAAUUGAUUCUGUUGGUGUUAAUAUGCAGCCUGAUUUUGAGUACAACGUCUACAUGUAUUAUUACUUUAUCAGCUUCAUUAUCCUUGGAUUAUUUCUUCCUCUGAGUAUGCUGAUCAGUGUUAUUAUUACUAAUUUCAACAAGCAUAAAAUAAAGAUAAGAGGCUCAAAUAUCUUUAUAACAGUAAAACAAAGGAAACAGUACCGUAAACUGAAGAGGCUAAUGUAUGAAGACUCCCCUAGACCAGUACCUCGCCCAAGAAAUAAGUUCCAAGGCUUUAUCUUUGACUUGGUAACAAAUCAAGUUUUUAAUAUCAUCAUCAUGGUUCUUAUCCAUGUUCAAGCAGUAACCAUUAUGAUCCAAAGUGAUGAACAGAGUCAACAAAUGGAUAUUGCUGACUACUGGAUCAAUGCAAUUUUUGUUAUACUGUAUACUAUAGAAUGUAUACUGAAGCUCAUCUCUUUCCAUUGUUACUAUUUCACAAUCAUAUGGAACAUUUUCGAUUUUGUGGUGGUAAUUUUCUCCAUUACAGGGCUGUUUGUGCCUAUGACAACAGGAUACUACCUUGUGCCUCCUUCACUUGUACAACUGAUCCUUCUCUCUCGGAUCAUCCACGUCCUGCGUCUUGGGAAAGGACCAAAGGUGUUCCAUAAUCUGAUGCUUCCUUUGAUGCUGUCCCUCCCAGCAUUGUUGAACAUUGGUCUUUUCAUCUUCCUGGUCAUGUUCAUCUAUGCGAUCUUUGGAAUGUACAAUUUUGCUUAUGUGAAAAAAGAAGCUGGAAUUAAUGAUGUGUCCAACUUUGAAACCUUUGGCAGCAGUAUGCUCUGUCUUUUUCAAGUUACAAUAUUUGCUGGUUGGGAUGGUAUGCUCAAUGCAAUUUUCAACAGUAAAUGGUCUGACUGUGAUCCUGAUAAAAUUAACCCUGGGACUCAGGUUAGAGGAGAUUGUGGUAACCCUUCUGUGGGGAUUUUCUAUUUUGUCAGUUAUAUCCUCAUAUCAUGGUUGGUCAUUGUUAAUAUGUAUAUUGUUGUGGUUAUGGAGUUUUUAAGCAUUGUUUCUAAGAAAAAAUCCAGGACCUUGAGUGAAGAUGAUUUUAGGAAAUUCUUUCAGGUAUGGAAAAGGUUUGACCCUGAUAGGACACAGUACAUAGACUCUAGUCAACUUUCAGACUUUGCAGCUGCUCUUGAUCCUCCUCUUUUCAUGGCAAAACCAAACAAGGGCCAGCUCAUUGCUAUGGAUCUUCCCAUGGCUGUUGGAGACAGAAUCCACUGCCUUGACAUCUUACUUGCUUUUACUAAAAGAGUUAUGGGAAAAGAUGCAAGGGUGGAAAAACUCCUCUCCGAGGUAGAAUCAGGGUUUGUAUUAGCCAACCCUUUUAAAAUCACAUAUGAACCAAUUACAACUACUCUAAAACGAAAACAAGAGGCAGUUUCAGCCACCAUUAUUCAGCGUGCUUAUAAAAGUUACCGCUUGAGGCAAAAUGACAAAAAUACUUCAGAUAUUCAUAUAAUAAAUGGUGACAGAGAUGUCCAAGCUACAAAAGAAGGUGUCUAUUUUGACAAAGCUAAGGAAAAAUCAACUAUUCAAAGCCAGAUCUAA